GUGAUCGUCCCCUGGUGGUUCCCGCAGGCUCCCUAAGAGGUAGGAGAUGCGCCGGCCACUCGCGGCGGGAAGUGGAAUCGAAGGUUAGACGUACGAGUGCAGUUUGGAGGCGGGGCGGGGCGGAGCGCCUGUCUUGCAGUCAGAUCAUGGACUCGACCGAGCACUGGGGAGAGUGGCUCCAGAACGUGCGGGUGUCCCCUGCCGGCGUGUUUGGUGUGGCUUUCCUUGCCCGGGUCGCCCUGGUUUUCUAUGGGGUCGUCCAGGACCGGACCCUGCUCGUGAGGUAUACAGACAUCGACUAUCAGGUCUUCACGGACGCGGCGCGCUUCGUCACGGAAGGGCGCUCCCCGUAUCUGAGGGCGACCUACCGUUACACUCCGCUGCUGGCUUGGCUCCUCACCCCCAACAUCUACCUCAGCGAACUCUCUGGGAAGUUUCUCUUCAUCAGCUGCGACCUGCUCACCGCUCUCCUCCUAUACCGCCUGCUGCUUCUGAAGGGGCUGGGGCCCCGCCAGGCUUGCGGCUACUGUGCCUUUUGGCUUCUCAACCCCCUGCCUAUGGCGGUGUCCAGCCGAGGCAACGCGGACUCUAUCGUCGCCUCCCUGGUGCUGAUGGCCCUGUACGCACUCGAGAAAGGACUGGUCGCGUGUGCCGCCGUUUCCUACGGGUUCGCGGUGCAUAUGAAGAUCUAUCCGGUGACCUACAUCCUGCCCAUUGCUCUCCACUUGCUUCCUGAACGUGACCCUGACAAAGCCCUCCGCCCAGCCCGGUGUUCCUUCCCAGCUCGGUUGCGGGAGUUCCUGGAGAGGCUGUGUAAUCGCGCAGUGCUGCUCUUCGUGGCGGUGUCCGGACUCACGUUUUUUGCUCUGAGCUUCGGUUUUUACUGUAAAUACGGCUGGGAGUUUCUGGAGCACACCUACCUUUAUCACCUGACCCGGCGGGAUAUCCGGCACAACUUUUCCCCGUACUUCUACAUGCUGUAUUUGACUGCCGAGAGCAGGUGGAGCCUCCCGCUGGGAAUUGCUGCAUUCCUGCCACAGUGCAUCUUGCUUUCAGCGGUGUCUUUCGCCUACUACAGGGACCUUGCCUUUUGUUGUUUUCUCCAUACGUUCAUCUUUGUGACUUUUAACAAAGUCUGCACCUCCCAGUACUUUCUUUGGUACCUCUGCCUUCUGCCCCUUGUGAUGCCACUGGUGAAAAUGCCUUGGAAAAGAUCUGUGGUCCUCGUAAUGUUGUGGUUUCUAGGGCAGGCCUUAUGGCUGGCUCCUGCUUACCUUCUUGAGUUUCAAGGAAAGAACACCUUUUUGUUUAUUUGGUUAGCUGGUUUGUUCUUCCUUCUUAUCAAUUGUUCCAUCCUGAUUCAAAUUAUUUCCCAUUACAAAGAAGGAUCCCUGACAGCCAGAAUCAAAUAUGACUAACGUAUGUUCUAGAUCUUCUACCACUUUUUGUCUAUUACAUUUUGAUCUGUAUGGAUCAAAAGAGAGCUUUGGAAAUUUUUUGCUGAACAUUUUUAGCACUCCAGUGAAAACUGCCUUGUUCCAACACAAAUUAAAACCAACAUUUGCCUUAUGUGUAUAACAGGGACUCAAUAAUUGAGGUUCAUGCUCUAGGAAAUCUUAGGGCUUAGUUGUUACCUGAUGAGAAGUGAAAGUUAACUUGUUUGAAAAUGGAAAGGCUGAUGAAACUAUCAGAUGCUUACUAAAACAUUCUUGUAGAAAAAUAGGAGGAAUAUAGAUAGAAACAUAAGAUUUAAGCCAGUGUCUAUUAUUUGUUCCAGUUAUGCUACCAUAUUAAGUUUUUUAAAUCUUUCACCACCCCCUUUUCCUUUCUAAACGUUUCCUGACAGCUGUGAAAAUUCACAAAGUAUUCUUAAAGUUACAACUUUUUAAAUUAAAAAGCAUUAAAUAAUACUACCAUGCUUAGUUGGGAAAGCUUUAAAAUUCUGUAUUAAAAAAUGGGGACUUAGAAAUAAUCCAAAGAGUUUAAAUCGAAAUCACAUAUCACAUAUAUAUAUAUAUAUUUUUUUUUAACAUGUAAUUUAUUUAUUUGAAAAAUGGAGUUACAGAGAGAGGUAGAGACAGAGAGAAGUCUUCCAUCUGCUGGUUCACUCCCCAAAUGGCUGCAAUGGCCAGGGCUGAGCCAAUCUGAAGCCAGGAGCCAGGAGCUUCUUCCAGGUCUCCCAUGUGACUGCAGAGGCCCAAGGACUUGGGCUAUCUUCUGCUUUCCCAGGUGCAUUAGCGGGAAGCUGGCUUAGAAGCAGAGCAGCUGGGACUAGAACCAGCACCAGCGCUGGGAUGCCAGCGCUGCAGGCUGGGGCUUUAACCUGCUGUGCCAUAGCGCCAGCCCCUCAUAUUUAUUUUAUAACGUAGUUUUUUGAUGCUUGGUUUCAGAGGUAUUAGACUUUAGUUUUAUACAAAAAGAUUAAAUUUAUUUUUCAUAAAUGUUUAUUUUCAUAUACAUGAAAGGUGGGGCAACAGAGAGAGAAAGAGAGCUCUAUCUAUCGACUGCUUCACUCCCCAAAUUCCCUUAACAGACAGGAUUGGGCCAGGCUGAAGCCAGGAAUACAGAACUCAGCCUGGGUCACUUUGGUGAGUGGCCAUGGCCCAAGCACUUAAGCCAUCUGCUGCCACCCAGGAUGUGUUAGCAGGAAGCUGGACCAGAAGCACCAUGGCUGGGAUUCAGACCAGCACUCUGAUAUGAGAUGCAAGUGUUGUCAUCUGUGGUUUAAGCUGCUGCACCACAGUGGCACCCCAAGGAUUGAAUUUAAAUCCAUCCAUCUUUAGACUUGUUAGAUCUUUUAAAAUAUCAUCUUGCUUUCCAUGUUUGAGCCACUCAAACCUUCUAUAACCUGCUCCCACAUUCUUCAACUUACUUAAUUAAGCUUUUAGGUAUUUUGUGCUAUCUUUACGUUUCCAAUCCAAUCUAGACAUUUUACUUUAAGACAAAAUAAUUUUUAAAAGCAAUGUCUUUUCUUUAUGCAAAUAAUUUUUUUUUUUUUUUUUUACCCUUAAAAGGUGAACACACUGUGUUAGGAAAAUGUCACAGUCUUAACUAUGGCAUGAUCUACACCCUGACACCAUCCUAGGCUCUAGCUCCCGCUGCCAUUGCUGGAAGCCAGGUGGCCACAUGGCCCAACCACCGGUGUCAAGCUCCACCCCCAUCCUAAUGGGAUUCACUGCUCCUACUUCCCUGUCCGCCCCCUGGCAAAGUUCCUGAACAGGCUCUCUCCUCUCUCGCUCACUCGCUCUCUUCCUUCCUUUCUCUCUCUCUCUUCCUCUCCAUCUCCUGACCUCUGUCUCUCUCUCUUACACUCUUCUUCUGCCUCUUUUCCUUCUUCGCCCCUUCCCUCCAGUCUGUCGGGUUUCCCCCAAUAAACUCUUUCCCUUACUCCGGUGUUUGGUGUGUUUUGUGGUGGCCUUACACACUGUCCUCUAUAACUUCUGCAACUUGCCCACAGAUUCUUUUUAUUUCUUUACAUCUGAAAUAAUCAUUUAAAAAGCUCCAAAUUAAUACAAAAAUUCUUAAAUAACAAAUUGUAACCUUAGUUACUUUCAAGCAGUCUUGAAUUAAACACAUAAACUAUUAGAACAUUUUGGUGUGCCUCUUACCUCUUUAUAACUUUAUAAUUGACAAGAUUUUUCAUUUAGAAUUUAAUCAACUAUUGUCUAUGUUGUAAAAAUGAGUAUGAAUAGAAUUUAGGUGAUAUGAAGUUUUAGCACCUAAAUUGCUAGUAAUUUCUUGACUUAAAAGAAUUGCACUUAGGAAAACUCCACAAUAGAAAUGGAGAUCUCCACAAUAGAAUCUCCUUCAAAGGAGAUUCCUGGGAAGCAUACGCAGCAUCCUAAGGAGCCAUUGGUUUUCUGGACCAGGAAAGUGGGACGAGGAUCUGGGGGGUUGUGGAAAUGAGACUUUGAUAACUAGAUCUGUUUCCCUUAUCACUAUAGUAUUUAUGGGACAGAUGCUUUCAGAAUUGUUUAAACAGUCAUCCUAAUUUUCUUUUAAAUAGCCCAUCUAAGGUUAGGGCAAAAAAGCAGUAGCAAUAUGUGAGUACGAUUUUGUGAUUGUAGAUUUUGUUUAUUCGUUUAUUUGAUUGGCAGAGAUUUAGACAGAUAAAGGCUCCCAUCUGCUGGUUCACUCCCCAAAUGCCUAUUACAGCUAAGGCUGGGGAAAGCUGAAGCAGGGAACUGGGAACCCAGUUCAGGUCUCCCACCUGGGUGUUGGAGAAACCUAAUUACUUUAGCCAUAAUCCCUGCCUCCCAGGGUUUGUGUUAGUAGGCCGCUGAAGACAGGAGUGGAACUGGAUGUUGAACCCAGGGACUCCAGUAUGAGCAGUGGGCAUCUUAACUACUUGGCCAAAUGCCCAUCCCUGAUUGUAGUUUUUCAAGAUGGGUAAUUUAACAAAUUGGCUUUUUUUUUUUUUUUUUUUUUUUUGCAGCUGGAAAACAAAAACGAAUAGAAAGCUCUAGAGAAGUAAUAUAUUUCAUGUCAAUUCGGGGCUAAAAGAGCCUUUGAGAAUAAAGUGUUUAUAGGCUGGUCAUAAUUAAGAAUUAUGUGUCUGGCAGCAUUUGUGUGCUGGAUGCCUUUUGGGAUCUGCCAUUAGAAAGAAGGAAAGAAUGAGUGGUUUUGCUGCUGUUUGAGUGAAAUUAGCAGUCAGAUAUUGAGGACAAUGACCUUUCUUAGAACAUCUAGUCUCAUACUCCGUAUUAGCUCUUAUCUUGAGGGUUCUUGGUAUGUGAGAGUUCACUAGUGGCCUUCCAGCCAUGGCAUUCUUACUUUUAUUUUUCAUUCUUUUCAUAAUAAUUUAAAAAAAUUUGAUAGUGCUAGUGGAGGAGGUAAUCAGUGAGAAAAAGGAACAGAAUUUCCUCAUUCCAAUGUAAUUUUUUGGUAUUUCAAUUUUUUUAUAAUUGUACUUACUAAUUUCUUUAUUUUUACUUUAACUUUUUGGGUCUUAUUAAUUUCUGAGUAAUAAUGUGAUAAUAUGGGUAUUUGUGCAAUAACUACAUUAUUCUUUCAAUGUUAACCUUUAAGGUGACUUCCAAUUUUUAAUAUUCUCAGUGAGAUUUUCCAUGAUUUUAGUCAUUCUCCUAGGACAUUCUUAGAAGUCAGCAAAUUUCUGCUUGGGUCUUUGGAUGGAAUGUUAACUCCAUAUUCUGCCCUGCCAGAAGUUUUGUUUUGUUUUUUUUUUUUUGUUUUUUUAACCAAGGAUAUGUAGAUGUUUUUACAUAGGGUGUUUUGCAGUUUAUGUGCUGCAAACUUAUUUCGUUAACCCAAGGAAUCAUUUAAUUUUGUCUUUUGGGGAUUUAAAAUUUUCAUUUAUUUUUGCUUUCCGGUUGUGUAAAUCUUUUUUUG